GGCUCUUGAAGACAGAAGUCAGUCCUGCUACAGUUGAAGCCGUGACAUCUGUGAUCCUGAGCGGCAGUUGAGACGUCUAUCUCCAGUCUGUCGUUCUGCAGCCUCCGGCCGUUUUCACUGCACAUUACCACCGUCAACUAGUUGAAGAAUGGAUAAUUUCCACUUAAUUGUUGUUUACUUCAUCAGUCUCUCCAUUAUUGGUAUUGAAGGAGAGAAUUGGGAUGAGAAGUGGUACGAAGAUUAUUAUCCAGCCCCACCUCAGUCUCCUGGAGCUGGGAACCCAGCUCCGCUACCUGCACGGCAUCCAUCACCACCACAACCUGCACAGCAAACUGCACGGCAAUCAUCACCACCACAACCUGCACAGCAAACUGCACGGCAAUCAUCACCACCACAACCUGCACAGCAAACUAUGCGGCAAGCAGAACUAGCACCGCAACAAGCAUUGCAACAAGUACCGCAACAAGCAUGGCAACGAGCAUCGCAACAAGCAUGGCUUCCAGCACCGCCCAUGCACCUAACCUCAGACCAACAUAAGAAUAAAAGACCAGCAUCACCAUCAGGCCCAUCGUCUGCGCCGAAACGACAAAAUACAGGAGUGUCGUCAUCCAGUACUUCCUCUCCUGUCAAUACAAUUGCUGGUGCCCAGUCGAUCUUGCUACAAUGAAUAAUGGAAAAACGUUCUCAAAAGAAGACCUUAUUAAUAAUUUCGGAAUCCGUGUUACUCCAGCAGGCAAUAUAAUAAGAAAAUAUAGAUCUUCAGUACAGGGAAAAAUUACAGCUGCAGAAUUGGCACAAUUUUUUCGAGGAAAUGAGAAGUUCGAUCGUUGAACGCUCUUCCUCGUCUGCUGUUUAGAGCUUUUUAGUGUUAAUGUUUUGUGUCAUCUCACUUUCCUACUGGUUUCAAUUUCUUGUACAUGUUUUCUCACGGGAGUGACAGCUUAAUCUAUUAUACAUAAUGAAAUAACCCAUGAAAUCACAUCUCCUUCCCAGAGGGAAGCCAGCAAUAGCAAAUCUCUACAGGAAAAAUUGAAAGUACAGCAAUGACUAAUAAUGUAUUUUUUACACUGUAAUAGCAUUGUUAUUUUUGAAUAUGCAUCCCUUUACACAGAUUCCAGUACAUCUUUUUAUCGCAUUUACUCAUCAGUAUAAUUUGCAAUAUAAAUGAAUUUUUUAUGAAAAAUGAAAUUGUUUAUUCUUCAUUUUUUUUAUUUGAACAAUAAGUGAGUUACAAAGAUACACAAUAUUAUAAUUAGAUUUUGUAAGGGGUUAUCUAGUGCAACAGAACAGCUUAGAAAUUAUCAAUCAAAUAAAUAAAGAAAUAAGAUAAAACCCUCAUUAAGCAAACAGUUCUCGGUGAAUGAGAACUCGGUGACUGGUGGAUUCCAUCCAAAGUCUUUUUUUUUAAUUUUAAACUGUAAUUAAGAUUAUUAAUGUAAUUUUACAAAAAUAAAUAUUUAAAAUUUAUUAAUAGAUGAAGGUCAAUAUUUAAAAUACCGUAUUGAAAAAAUCAAACUAGUUGAAUUAGUAACUUAUCAAUUAUCAAUAAAUACUUGUAUUAUAUUAAAAAAUAUUUUCUCAAUUUCAAACCAGCAGGUAGGAGAGACGUUGGAAGACCAAGGAAAAGGUGGUCUCGAAACUAAGCACGAUUCUAAAGAUAAAUUAUUAUAAUUAUAAUUUUGAUAAAUUGAGAUAUUCAAGAACAGAACAAGCAAUUAUGCCUAAAAGUCAGUAGAAGAAAAAUAUAUCAAAUUAUAUAUUAUUGAUAUUGAUAAUUGUUUUAAUGAAUUAAUUGGUUGAUAUAAGUUAUUUCUCACUCUUCACAUUCAACUGAUCACUGAGGGAAAAAAUUAAUGUGCUUUCGGUGUCACUUUGCGCUCUAGUUACCCGAAUAAUUAUUAUGAUGAGUUAUAAUAUUAUUAUACUUAUCCUAUUUUUCCUGUAGUAGAUAUUUGAAAAAAAAUGUGAUUUCAUUGGUUAUAAUAAUAUAUAAAAUGUUUCGUUUUUAUCUCAGAAAAUGGAGGGGAAUUCGACUAAAAUGACAUACUAUUUUGAUCUUACAUCAAAUUCUUUAUAAAUACAAUUCCAACACAGUUUUAUUUGUAAAUUGUUCUAUAUUAUAAUGAAAGAAAUAAUUGGCUUAUACACGUACGGGAUAGGAAAGGGGCGUACAAGGAAAAUACACCAAAGUCCACUUUUUCCUAACUUUGAUUUUUUAUUAGUUUUUCAUUAAUUCUAUAAACUAUGAAUGUUAAAUAAUUAAUUAUCAACAAAUAUAAAGA